AUGCCGUACUACGAAUACGACCACACGUACUACGAUCGACCACCUCGGCCCUAUCACCCGCGAUCCUCGUCGCGGUCGCCUUAUCAUUUGGAAGACCUCUACGCGGCGCUGCCUGGCGAACUUGUCUGGGCCGCCACGUACCCGGCUCGCAUCAACCGAGACGUUCCGCCCUUCAUGGACCAGUCGGAGGAUCGCGAAGAGCCGCCGGCCGAGAGUCGAAAGCGUCGGGAGAAGAAGAGCAGCGGACCAACGCAAACAGAGGACGGGGGCGGUGGUGAGGGGAGUCGUGAUGCGACUAAUCGCAGCAAGCAGACCGACAGCAAGACCCUCGCUGUCGCGCGCCGCUCUCUGUCCGGCGCCAACCCUCAGGUCGCGAUCCGCUUCCGUGAGCGACGGCUUAUCGAGACCAGACUGUUGUUGACCCAGCUCCACGCGCAGCUUGAGACGGCAUACAAUGUCUAUAAGUCGCUCGACGACAGGUUCAAGAAACAUUGCGACACCGUCACGAGCUUUGCCAACACAGACACAUUAGACAGGGUUUGGGCCGAUAUGGUACAGUUGGAGCUAAGACAAUGGGAGGCUCAAUCCGAGAAACCGGCCGACUUCGACUCCGUCACGGUACAGAUCGGCCUCUGCUUAAGACACCUUCAGUCAGCCGAGAAGGACAGGCUGCCCCCUGUUCCCGGCUUUCACGAGAAAAACGCCGUCAUAGAGCGCCACAUCAGGAAAGUCAUCAAGGAUGUCGAGGAAAUCGUAGAGCUCGCCGAGAGAGCCCACAUGAAUCAUAAUGCUUGUGGGUAUCUGGUCUGGUAUUUGAACAGGGCCUGGGCUUCAUCUGACCCAGAGUCCGUGGUGUGGAAAGGCCUCUUGGGCAACCUGCCGGCAGCGGAGAAGGCCUAUGCACCAACCAAUACCAGCAGCAGUUAGCAGAACUGCCGUAGAAAAAGGUCAGGUCACAGUCAUUAGACAACGCGGAUGUGCACGGGAUGGCCGGCAGAAAGCAGUCAACGAAGUGAUCGUGGGUAAGUUUGUUGGUUUGAGCAUCGAGAGGCACAUGAGGCUUGACGGCGUGCGGCGCUGAGGGGAAGGAUAUUGCGGAUAAUGCAACGGGCGGUAAGGUCUCUAAGCGAUAGUUUUGGUUAUUCGUUAGUAGUAUCCUUGUUUCACGAGUAAGUGCUACCGCGCAAAUUGAUCGUUGCUUACAUGGAGAAAAAAUUGGUGAAGCACC